AUGUCUGACGUUGAGGAACCCUACAACGAGGCGCCGGAAAACUUCGAGGACUUCGAUGCCCCAGACCACUUUUCCGAUGACGACUUUGCCGAGCCUGCAGGUGCUCAGGACGGCGAGGACGUGGGCAUGAAGGCUGAGGAUGGAAGAACCAUCAUCAACGGAGGUUUCAGCGAAGCUGAUGCCCAGGUCAGAGUCAAGACUUCCCGUGAACUUUCCAUUCCCAAAGAGGACAGAACCACCACGCCAUACAUGACGAAGUACGAGAGAGCCAGAGUGUUGGGUACCAGAGCUUUGCAGAUCUCUUUGAAUGCUCCAGUGUUGGUGGACAUUGAGGGUGAGACCGACCCUUUGCAGAUUGCCAUGAAGGAGUUGGCGCAGAGAAAGACGCCAUUGGUUAUUAGAAGAUACUUGCCAGAUGGCUCGUACGAGGACUGGGGAUGUGACGAGUUGAUCCUCGACCAGUAA